AUGUCUACAUCAAGAAAUUCGGAUUUUUUCAUCUCAGUCGGCCCAUCCACCAAGUCAAUUGCCAUCUGUCCCACUCCCCGACGAAGUCAGAAAGCUGGUCUUUUUAGUGCUUCUCAAGGGUCUAGGGUGCCUACGUCUCAAAUGGCGAUUCCGCCGAAGUAUAUCAAGUCCCGUCGACAGGCACGACGCCAAUCCAAUGGAGCAGCUCCAUUGCCGAGCGACGUGGCAACUCCUUAUCAUGCCCUGGAGCCUCGAUUAGACCUUCGAGAAGCCACACGCGAGGUAAUCUUACCAGAGCCAGAAAUUGCGUAUGCUCAGCCAUUCUAUUUCACUCAGUGCCCUCAUACCUCACCUCCAGCUUCUCGACCACUCAACGUCAGUCCGAUAUCAGUGCCAUUCAAGCAAAGCCUUCUCUUACAUACACCAGAGGACCUGUUGAGUCGAGCACAAGACGAGAGUUUUGAAAUCUACGUUUUGGAUGGCAAAUGUGGUCAUUGCGACCUCGCUGCUCGAAGACAAGCCGAAGGACUUAUCUUGGAUCAAUAUUAUGUCGAAGUUGAGAAUCUCUCCACUACUCUGGAUGCGUUGAAAGAGAGAUACCUCGACAGGGCCUUGAUUAAACGCUCUCCUCAAGACGAAAAGUUGACCCAGGAGAUUGAAGAAGGACUCGUUGAAGUUGAAAAUGUGUUGAAUCGAUUGAUUCGCAAGCGUGACAGAGGUGUCAAGCGUAUUUGGCGCGGAUAUACCAAGCGAUGGGGCCCAGGCACGAUUCUGGAUUCGGAGAGAUCAUCACAGAGUCCGAGAAGGAGGUCGAGGCCCAACUUUGGCGCAAAUACACGUUGUUCACACGCUGAGACAAACUGUAACUGUUGUAUCAACAAGACACGCGCCGAGCAAGGAACACCACAAGAAAACCUUUCUUCGGUGUUGCCAACGCGAUCCAGGAGCUAUGUCAUUACAUCAAGCCGGUCCGACACGAGCAGCUAUCCAAGCAGCAUCACGUGUGCAUCUCUUCAGUCGUCGAAGAGCUCAUGCAAUCAACCAUCGUCGGUGAGCAUGGAAUGCAAGGGAGCAUGGGCACCUGAAUCACAUGCGGCCAUCAUUGACACACCGGCAUCACGGUUCUCGGAUGGUCGUCGAUCAGUGUUGAUCCCGUCGCCUAUUGAUCGUGUGUCAGGCCAUGGAAGGGUGAAGGUCGAUUGGGUGCGACGAGGCUGA